CAAGAAACUCUCAACUCAAGUAGCAUUCUUUAUUUCUUUAUCUCAAACUCUAAUCUUUUUAACAAUACCUUACAAAAAUCAAAUCAUUCAACCGCCAAAAUGACACUGAAAAAAAUUAUCUUCUCUGCCUCACUUUUACUACUUCUACUCACCUUGUUCUCCACCACAUCAGCUCAAAAACUAUUAUCCCCUGUUCAGCCUCCACUACAAUCUCCUCCAACCCCAACACAACCACCGCAAGCUCCACCACCGGCGGCAGCGCCUGGAAUGAGCACGGUUCCCCUGGUACCUGUCUCACCCGACGGUGCCCCCACACCCUCCAUCCCAAAACCCCCCACCAUUGACAUUCUCCAAAUCCUUAAAAAAGCCAAGAGAUUUUCCACUCUCAUGCGUUUGCUAAAGACAACCCAAUUGAUGAACCAACUCAAUUCACAACUUGCAACUUCAAACUCUGGAGGGUUAACUAUGUUUGCCCCUGAAGACAGUGCUUUCUCAAAGCUAAAAGCAGGGUUUCUAAACUCUCUCAAUGAUAGGCAAAAGGUGGAGCUUUUGCAGUUCCACACUCUCUCUUCAUUCAUCUCUGUCUCCAACUUCGACACCCUCACAAACCCGGUUCAAACCCAAGCCGGCGAUGACCCCAAAAGGCUUCAAUUGAACGUCACCACUUACGGUGGCACCCAAGUGAGCAUGACCACCGGUGCAGUUUACGCCACCGUGACGGGUACCGUGUACGCGGAUAACAAGCUUGCCAUUUAUCAGGUCGAUAAAGUGCUUCUUCCACUUGAUUUUGUGCUUCCUAAGGCUAAGGCCCCGUCACCGUCACCGGCGAAAGGAGUUUCACCAAAAUCCGAUAAAACGAAGUCGUCUGAAGAUGAAAGUAAAAAUGAUAAUGGUGAUGAUGGGGUAGUUCCUGUGGACGCUAAUUCUGCAGGUUCUAUGAUGGGUUUCAACAAGGUGGAGAUUGUAAUGUGGGUGCCUCUUUUGUGGGUUCUUGGAGCCACCAUAUGAAUAUGUUGUUCAGUUUGUGAUUGUUUUUUGUGCACAUUAAUUUCGGAGUUUGAAUUGUUUGUAGCAUAGGAUGUCGAUUGAGGACAAAAUUCUGCAAUUGCUUGUCUUUUUCAUUUCUUGUUUGUUGUGUCAAUUGAAAUGCAAUUUCUUGUGUCAAAUCAUUUAAAAAGAGAAAGUUACGAUAGUUU